AUCUAUCAAGUCCUGAAAAUAAGGAAUCAACCAUUUCAAGCUUGAGGGAAUGGUUGGCUGAUCCAACUGUAGGAAACAAUGCUACUAUUAGGUUGGUUGCUGGUACUAUAUUCAUGCAUGAGGAAGAUUAUAACGAGGCUCUCAAGCAUACUCAUUCUGGAGGAACCAUGGAUCUGCAUGCUUUGAAUGUUCAGAUAUUCAUAAAGAUGCAUAGGUCAGAUUAUGCUGAGAAACAGCUGAGAGUGAUGCAAGAGAUUGAUGAAGACCACACACUCACUCAACUCGCGAGUGCAUGGUUGAACCUGGCAGUUGGGGGUUCCAAGAUACAGGAAGCGUAUCUAAUCUUCCAGGAUUUCACUGAUAAGUACCCAAUGACAAGCUUGAUCUUGAACGGCAAAGCAGUUUGCUGCAUGCAUAUGGGUAAUUUUGAAGAGGCUGAGACUCUACUACUUGAAGCACUCAACAAGGUGAGUGAUGAGCCUCAAUCCAUUUCUCUCAUGUCACCGGAUAUGCUGCACUUGCUUUAUCAACUAUGUUUAUACUAUAAAACUCCUUACAAGAAGUCUAUAACUUCUUAAUUAUUCGUUU